AACAUUUAAAUUCGUUCGUUUCUUACGCAUUAAAUCGGAAUAAAUGCAUAACCUUUUAUAACUUAAAAAUCAGCACAUGUAAUCUCACAGGUUGGAGUACAUUUAAACCGGAAAGGCAGCUGAUUAUUCAAAAGAACUUCUGAUUAUGUAAUUAAAUUGAGAGAAAUAAAAAAAAUAUGGUAGCACUAACUCCAGAAGGAAUUUUCCGGAAAAAAUAUAUUGUAUAGUCAUCGUCACGUGCUUUUUAGCGUCAUCAAAACAUAUGACGAAAUUCUUAAGUAACCGUAAUAUCAUUGGUCAUUACGAAAGAGAAACAGAAACAUCCAUUCUGACAACAAACUAAAAUAUGUAGAGAAGAAUGGAAUAAUAUUUAGAUCAGAAACCUAAAAUGAAAGGAUGAAGUAAAUGUGAAAAGGAAGUAAUAUCAGAUGAAUAAACCAAGGAUGAAUUCUUUGGAUUUACCAAGAUAUUAUGAAAUGGAUUGUUUUGAUGAUCCAUGGUUAAUAAAAAAUAUGAACACUAUGGACCCAUUUAUUGAUUCAAACGUAGAAAAUAACGUGUUUUGUAAUUGUAACGAAUAUUUAAAAUAUUCUAAAAUGUCAGAUGAUAUAAAUGUACCCCAGCUACCUCUCUUUCUUAUGAAUGAGAAAGAAUUUUGGGAAUCUUCAAAUGUUUUAGAUACAGAUAUAAACUUUUAUGAUUCUCAUUUUAGAGAUAAAAGAUAUGCAAAUUUAUCAAGAAUAGAGGAAGAAUAUUUAUGGGGUACUCCAAUGGACAUGGAUUCUUUAAAAUUAGGAGAAAUAUUUCAGGUAGAAGAAUCAGAAGCUAACCAAGGCCCAACUUUGGCACAGUUAAAUAGUAAUGGUGAACCUCUUUUUGAAGCUUUAAGUUUUAAUGACUGUUCUGAAGAAACAAAACUUUCCACAAAUGAUAAUUUCAUUAAUAAAUCAAGGACAGAUUCAAUUAAUGAUCUAGUCACAAAUACCUCUGAAGCAAAAGUUUCCGUUGCUAAUCCUAAUGACAUUUUUAUGGAAACGGUACAUGUCAAGACUGAAAAUAAAGAUGUUUGUCUCCCUAACCUCUGUUCAAACUAUUCGUUAUCUUCUACUUCUAAUUCUGAUGCCAACCAAACAAAUACUUCAGCUUGUAUACAGCCAGUUAAUACUUCAUCCUUAAGUAUUUCAAAUACAACCAAACUACAACAAUUAUUAGAUGGUAACUUAAGUCCUAAGAAAGAGCCCAGUGGAUUAUUGUCUCUUAAUGUUUCAACUUCUGAAAGUUUCACGAGUACUCUAACGAUGGCGUGUCAUGCACAAAAUGAAAUGACUGUACGCCAGAGAAAUAACUCAAGCACCGAUCGUUCAUUGUGUAGUUUUUCUUCGUUAUCAAAUGAUGAAGGAUUUGAUAGUUCCAGAGAUGAAUUUUGUCUGGAUGAUGAUGGAUCAUCCGAUAUUGAUUCUGGAGAUGGAGAUAAAUAUGGAUAUACAUCAUGGUAUCCUAUAAUGGAAUCCAGACAAAAAUUCUCUGAUACUAAGAAAAAGAAAAGAUACUUUUGGCAAUACAAUAUUCAAUCUAAAGGUCCUAAAGGCCCAAAAAUAGCCUUAGAACAAUCAAGUAUCCUAAAUCCAUAUAUUCUGAGUAAAGCCAGUGAUCCUGUGUUUAAUAUGCAGUAUCAUCUAGAUGGUGUAAAACACGCAGGGAAGGCUCGUAGAGGUGAUGGAAAUGAUUUAACACCAAAUCCACAUAAAUUGUAUUCCAUUGGUUUAGAAUUGAAGAAACUUACUAAAGUUAUAAACGAUUUAGAACCAACAAUUGAUCAGCCUUUCAACACAAGACCUAAAUCACGUCGAGAAAAGAAUAAAUUGGCAUCUAGAGUAUGUAGAUUGAAGAAGAAAGCUCAACAUGAAGCCAAUAAAUUAAAACUGUAUGGUUUACAGAAAGAACAUUAUAAUUUAUUGGUCUUAAUAGAAGAAAUAAAACCAUUAUUGAAAGAAACAUUAGAAGGAAGUAAACAGUCAUCGCUAACUCAAAAAGUUGAAAAAGUACUAAGUUUACAUGAUCCUACAAGAGUGGCUGGACGCACGACAGAAUUCGUCAAUGGCAUACUGGAGAAAGUUUCGGAAGGAGACCCCAAUGGAGGACUGUGUGACUUGUAAAAAGUAAUGCAUCAAACUUUCUACCAUUUUACCAUUAUUCGCCACUUUCUGUCAGAGCAACAAAAUUAAGAACUGUACUGCUUUGUAUAUUAGCAAAAAUGCUGGCAAUUUACAUACUGUAAAAAGAAAAGAUUAUUAUAUAUUUUUGUUUUAUAUGCUUAUUAUACACAAAACAUUUACCAGAUGUUAAAAAAAUUGUUACAGUUAGUUAUUUAUGUUUUCCUAAAAUAUUAUUACAAAUAACUCUGUAUAUAGACUUAGAAAUUAUGUAUACCAGAACUAUGAUUGUUAUUCAAACUAAUCUCGUUAAUUGAAGGAUAUAUAUAACAUAUCAAUAAAGAUGACUUUCACAAUAUUAUAACUUUUUGUAAAAAUAUAUAUAUAUUUAUAUUUUUUUUCUUAAAUGUAAUUCCAUUAUAUCAUCUUGUGGAUUUUGUUGGUAUUUGAGGCAGAAAUGUAGUUUUUUUUAAUUUAUCAGUUAAAUAAUGAACUGUCCCUUAACAAAUAGUGGAAAUUUCCACCAUUUUUUUUGUUGUUUCAAAAUAAACUAUUAAAGCUGCAGACAAAAGAAAAAUAUUUUUUCUCACUAUAUAUGAUAAUUAUACACUUACAGGAAUCUUAGAGCACACGAUAUUCAAACCAAGUUUUAUUUUAAAAGUAUAUAAAGUGUGUUUCUAAUUCUAGAUGGUGUUUAAUUCUUGUCUGCCAAGUUGACUAUUAGUAUUUCGUCUGGCUUUUUCAAAAUUUUACUGACAGAACAUUAACUAGCAUCCAAUAUGCUCAUGGUCGACUGGAUAAACCCAUAAUGAUAAGUAUUAUGAGAAUGUCUGCAAGAAGCUUGUUUAUUUAAGGAGUUGUACACUCUACCUCCUCCUAGAGUUAAUGGGUCCUUAAAUAAAAUAAGCUUCUCGCAGACAUUCUUAUAAUGCUUCUUGUCCUCAAAGAGAAUUAAUUACACAAUAUGAGCAUUAAUAAUAAUAAUGACUAUUCCUGUCUUAAAAAACUGUUAUAAUUACUUUGAAAAGAAACAAACUAAUAGAUAUGCAACAAAUACUUUUUGCUUUUAUACCUAAAAUCUGACAGCAAAUAUUAAUUUUUUUACUUAGUUUGCAUACGAUGUAAACUUUAAUUAAUAAAUACAUUGAUUUCAAAAAAUACUUUUUUGUAAAUCAGACGAAUGUCAGAUUAUCAUACUAGGAAUCAAAUAAUAUAUUAAUAUAUUGCCUUAACUUGUUUUUUGUUAAUUCUUCAAUGUGCCCACAAAUUAAAUUUAAUUGAUGAUAUAAACGUUUUAACAUAAAUCUGAAUUCAUUUUUGUGAUAAAAAGAAGCUAAAAAAAUAUUAUAUAUAUAAAUUUGUUAACCCUAGUCAUCUUUAGA